CGUACGAUUCGUUUGAUGUUAAUGAAAUCACAGAACCCUGCAAAUUCAGAAUUAGAAGAAGAAAACUGAGAAGGCAUAGUAGAAGAAAAAUACACACACUGCACCUGCACCUGCACCACUCUCACUAGGGUUUAUUCACCUAUGGCACCAACCUUUCUCUCUCUCUACUUCCUCUUCUUCACCUUUCACCUUCUCCCCUGCCUCUAUGGACAAUCCAGUUCCAUGGAAUCGGUUCCUGAUCUUCAGAACACUAUGUACACGGUCGUCGAUGGAUAUCCUUGUGUGCGACUGCUAAAUCUUUCUGGAACCAUCGGUUGUUCAAAUCCUGGGCGAGAUAAGGUUGUGGCUCCGAUUGUAAGGUUCGAAAAUGUUGAUGAGCUAUCAGAGCCAUCUGCUAUAUUGGUGUCAUUGGAUGAGUUUCCAACUCUCUUUACCAGAAUAUCAGAGGACUUGAGUUUUGCAAGUAAAGUUGGCGGUGUACUAGUUGAAUCAAGAACUGAUUUGCAGAAUAAGUUAAAGGGAUUCUCUCCGGAUAAAAAGUUUCCACAAGCUGAAUUUGCUCCUGACCAUAACAUCAGCUAUGAAUGGAAUCCAAUUGGUUCUGGUAUUAUGUGGAAAUCCUAUAAUUUUCCUGUGUUUUUACUCACAGAAAGUGGCUCAAAGACUCUUCAAGAGUUUGUAAUUAAGAAUGGAGGCAAAAGGAAAGCUUAUACUUCUAAUGUGGCUGAGUUUGAUCUUGUGAUGCAGACAAUGAAAUCUGGAACACAUGAUUCGGAGGCUUGUUUACAAGAAGCAACUUGCCUGCCGUUAGGUGGAUACAGUGUCUGGUCGUCUCUUCCUCCAAUCAACAUCUCGUCCAUAAAACAGUCUAAGCCCAUUAUAUUGACGGUAGCAUCUAUGGAUUCUGCUUCAUUUUUUCGGGACAAAAGUCUUGGUGCAGACUCCCCUAUUUCUGGUUUGAUUGCAUUACUGGCAGCAGUUGAUGCACUUUCUCGUUUGAAUGGUCUUGGUGACCUUAGUAAACAGCUUAUUUUUGUAGUUCUCACUGGAGAGGCGUGGGGUUACCUCGGAAGUAGGAGAUUUUUGGCAGAACUUGACAUGCAGUCCGAUGCUGUUCAUGGCCUUGAUCAUUCAUUAAUUGAAACGGUCAUUGAUAUUGGUUCUGUUGGAAAGGGUCUCAGUCAAGGUGUUAAAAACUUUUUUGCUCAUACAGAUGGGGAUUCUUCUGCCGCAAAUCAGACAAUGGUUGCCUUGAAACGGGCACAAGAGUCACUGCUAUCUGAAAACAUAAAGAUCGCAUCUGCCAGUACCUCAAAUCCUGGGAUACCUCCAUCCUCUUUAAUGACCUUUUUGAAAAAGAAUCCUGCAAUCUCUGGUGUUGUCUUAGAAGAUUUUGACUCUGUCUUUGUCAACAAGUUCUACCAUAGUCACCUUGAUGAUUUAUCAAAUGUGAACUCAUCAGCUAUAGUUGCUGCUGCUUCUCUUAUUGCCCGAACCCUUUACAUACUUGCUAGUGAAACUAAAGGUGUACAAAAUUCCACUUUGGCUGCUAUAAAUGUAAAUGUCUCACUUGUUGAACAACUAAUGGAUUGCUUGUUGGACUGUGAUCCUGGUCUUUCUUGUGAGUUGGUGAAGAAAUAUAUUUCACCCUCGUCUACCUGUCCGGACCAUUAUGUUGGUGUUAUCAUAGAUGAACCUUCAUCUACACCUUAUCCAGGAUACAUUAAUGAUGUUCCUAGGUUCGUCUGGAAUUUUCUAGCUGACAGAACUUCUAUCCCGAGGGAGAAUAAUAGCUCAGGUUGUCAACAAGGUUGCAAUGGUAAAGAUGAAGUUUGCAUUAAAGCAGAGACUGAUGGGAAGGGAGUUUGUGUUCUCUCUACGACCAGGUAUGUUCCAGCAUAUUCAACACGGUUAAAAUUUGAAUCAGGAGUAUGGAAUGUUUUGCCCCCUAAUUCCUCUGACAACAUGGGGGUUGUGGACCCUGUCUGGACAGAAAGCAACUGGAAUGCAAUAGGUUUGCGGGUCUACACAGUCCAAAUUGGUGCUUACGAUCGUCUUGUUCUGUUUGGAGGUAUCAUUUUGACAAUCUUGGCCUACCUUGCAAUAGUUAUUACAAGAGCUUUAGUCACCAAAGCGAUGAAGAGGGAUUAACAUAUGAUUUGCGGAAAUUGACUACUAAAUUUUGUGAAACUAGGGCAAAAUUAAAUAGGGUCAUUCUAUAUGCAAAUUACUAGUUUCUGAAGAAUUUCCAAGGAUGUGCAUUAUUUGGGCCGCAUUCUUGCGCUUGUGAAUUUUAUUUCAGAAUUUUCUCUGUAACACAGGUCAUUUAUAUAUAACUUGUAGGUGAGUGUAAGGAAAUGUAAUGAAAAUAGUCAAAAUAUAGCCUUAAUGUGGUGUAUCUGUUUUUCCUUUGUCAAUGUUAGCGCUGUAAAUAUCU